GGCGCCAUAGCCACGGUAGCCCUGGCGACAAGAGCCCAGCAACGAGAAUCAACAACAACAACAACCGAAUCCGCCAUAAAAAAUAAAAAGAAGACAUUUAACCGGGAAAACCCCCCACGUGGACACAGAGUGUGAUUCCCAGCUCCUGUAAUGGCCACUUCAGGCUACGUGGGUGAGAUCCAGCCGGCAGCCCAACCCCAGGGGGCUGGUGUUGCUGUGACAGCGGGGCAACCUGAUGCCAGUUCCAGCCCUGCAACCGCACCUCAGUUUCUGGCGGAGAUUCAGACUACCGUGGCCACUCCCACUAUUGUCACACCCACAGGCCAAACUACUCCCACCGAUCAAGCCACCUCCAUCCCAACUCCCAAGCCUGCAGAUGGGAGUCAAGCCCAGUCCACAGCCCAGGCCCAGCCUCCUCAGACACAGUAUGUGACUGCAGAGAUCCAGGGCUCUCCCACACAGUCUGGAAAUUCCCAAAGCACUCCUCAGUACAUCGUCGUUACAGUCACAGAGGGCUCCCUUCACUCAAGUGACAGCUUGUCAGACUCUAGCCCCCCUCCAGCUGUGGUGCAAACAGGAGUUCCCACACAGGUUGUUCAGCAGGUACAGGCUGGUCAACAGAGGUCAGUGGUGCAGGCCACCUCUCAGAUAGCCAAGACUGAGCCAGGCACUCAGCUCAGUGUCACCAGUCUACAGCCUGUUCAUAUCAGCCAGGAAGUCCAGCAGCAGCUCACACCCGUGCCAGUGCAACAUGUGUACGCCAAUCAAGUGCAGUAUGUGGAAGGAGGAGAGGCCAACUACACCACCAGCACCAUCCGUUCCAGCGCCUUUCCCUACACUGACACCCCCCUGUACACCCAGACCACAGCUGCCCAGUAUUAUGAAGGUCAGCCAACCUCAGUCUCACAGGCUUCCACCCCUGGCACACCUCUGACCGUCUCUGUCACCGCUGGCACAACAGGGUCCGUGUCCAUGUUUGUAGCCCAGCCCACCAGUGCAGCCGGGGGAGGGGCCAGCGUGGUGACCGCAGGUGGCACCACCAAUGGGGCAGGGGAAGGGGCAGGCACCAACGGUGGCGCAGCAGGCAGCUAUGUGAUCCAGGGGGGUUACAUGCUGGGCAGCAGCAGCGGAGGGGCAGCUGGCAACAGUCAGAACUACUCUCACAACGCCCGCGCCUCCCCAGCCACUGUGAGUAUUACAGAGGGCGAGGAGGGUAGCGUGCCGUCGGCAGACAAGAAGGUACAGUGGUUGCUGGACAACUAUGAGACAGCGGAAGGAGUGAGUCUGCCACGUUCCACCCUCUACUGCCACUACCUGCUGCACUGCCAGGAGCAGAAACUAGAGCCUGUUAAUGCUGCGUCCUUCGGGAAACUCAUUAGAUCUGUGUUCAUGGGGCUACGCACACGACGCCUCGGCACACGGGGUAAUUCUAAAUACCACUACUAUGGGCUGAGGAUCAAGGCGGGCUCUUCACUUCUCCGCCUGAUGGAAGACCAGCAACAUCUGGCCAUGAGGCAGCAGCCCUUCUCACAGAAACAGAGGUUGAAGCCUGUGCAUAAAGUAGAGGGACUGACCAAUGGCACAGCAGCAGGAGCAGGCCAGCAGCAGCAACAGCAGCAGGGGUCCGGGCAGGUGGACAUCAGCACCCAGGUUCAGCAGUACCAACAGUUCCUAGAUGCAUCCCGAGCUCUCCCAGAUUUCCCAGACAUCGACCUCCAGGGGAAGUCUCUGCCAGAGGGCAUUGAGCUGGAGCACAUAAAGAGCUUCCAGCUGCUGUACAGGGAGCACUGUGAGGCCAUACUAGAUGUGAUGGUCAACCUGCAGUUUACUCUGGUGGAAACUCUGUGGAAGACCUUCUGGAGGUUCAGCCAGAGUCAGGCUGGAGAUGCCACGUUGGCUGUUCAUGACGAGUCAGAGAAGCGCCUCCCUAAGUCCUGUUUGGUGAUCCUCUGCAAGUAUGAUCCGGUGCUGCGCUGGAGCCGAGACUGUGACAACAGCCUGUACCAGGGUCUGGUGGAGAUCCUCAUCCCUGAUGUCCUCAGGCCCAUCCCCAGUGCCUUAACUCAAGCCAUCCGCAACUUUGCCAAGAGCCUUGAGAGCUGGCUGACCAACGCCAUGAUGAACAUCCCGGAAGAAAUGGUCCGCAUCAAGGUAACAUCAGCCAAUGCAUUUGCCCAGACGCUGCGUCGCUACACCAGUCUCAACCACCUCGCCCAGGCGGCCCGCGCUGUCCUCCAGAACACGGCUCAGAUCAACCAGAUGCUCUCCGACCUCAACCGCGUCGACUUCGCUAACGUCCAGGAGCAGGCUUCGUGGGUGUGCCGGUGUGAAGACCGUGUGGUCCAGCGGCUGGAGCAGGACUUCAAGCUGACCCUCCAGCAGCAGAACUCCCUGGAGCAGUGGGCUGCGUGGCUGGACGGCGUCGUCUCCCAGGUGCUAAAGCCCUACCAGCAGAGCCCCGCCUUCCCCAAGGCCGCCAAGCUCUUCCUACUCAAGUGGUCCUUUUACAGUUCCAUGGUGAUCAGAGACCUGACCCUGAGGAGUGCAGCCAGCUUUGGCUCCUUUCACUUGAUCCGCCUGCUGUACGAUGAGUACAUGUACUACCUGAUCGAGCACAGAGUGGCCCAGGCUAAAGGGGAGACCCCCAUAGCUGUCAUGGGAGAGUUUGCCAGUUUAGGCCGCGGUCUUCACCAGCUGGAUCCUGACAAAGAAGACGAAGAGGAAGAGGAGGAGGAGAGUGACGACGAAUGUCAGGAGCUGUCUCUUCCCUCGGACGCCGUCGUGCUCGGAGACGAGUCUCUGGAGCCGCCCGCCAAGCUGGCCCGAAUGGACCAGAGAGUCCUCUUCACGACCGGAUCGGCCGACAACUAACCGCAACGACACACUAAUACGCUGCGUGUUGAUAGUGUUGAUUAUAUUGAAUAUGAACACACACAGAUGUACAUAGAACACUUAUUUAUACACUCGACACAUGUAUAUAGAUCUUGUAAAUGUGUGUGCAUACUGUAACUGUCCCACUUGUUCACGCACACACAAUCAAAACGUUGAGUACCGCUGUUGCGUGGACGGCACAACCACCUGUUGCACCAUUGGUUCAAUACCCAUCAUUGGCUCUGCAACAGGAUGUGGCUUCAAAGUCCAGAGAGAAACAAAAAGCUUUUUAACCCUUCAGUGGUAUUGAUCUGUAAAAAAUGAACUACAGCCAGGCAUGUUUUCUUUUUCUUUCUCUCUCUCAUCUCAACCUGUAGCCUCGCUGUCUCCUCGCUGAGCGGCUUCUGCUCACACUACAUCCUCCUAAAACUGUCACUGCCGUAUCAAAGUGGUCUUGAAAAUACUGUGGUGUGUGUGUGUGUGUGUGUGUGUG